AUGAGCUUCCUGCUCGAUCGCAAGUUUCCAGUAGUAUGUCGAAUCCGCAGGAAAUACACCUCGGCGCGUUCCCUCAAGCUAUGGCCGUCGCAAUACAUAAACAAAGACAAGGCAGAGACGCCACAACGGCUCUCUGAUCUUCUAGCUUGCUCCAUUCCUCCUCUCGACGACCGUUCCUCCUCCCGUUCACCUCACUCGUCAUCUGCAUCCACCCUCCAGGCAUCCAAGUACGACAUCAAGACCGACGUCGAAUAUCAACUCUAUAUCAUUCAGUACUGGGAAAAGCUCAACUCGUUGGCUGGUUAUUCUAGAAAGGUUCUAGACUUUGUAACGGACCACCAUCCUCCAAGCCAGCCUAUCACCAACUAUCUCGAUCUCAAAGACGUUUGGACGCCGAUUAUGUCUGUCACUGGGGCGCAGUACUUCAUUGAACCCGAGUUCGCCGUCUCUGGAGGGGCCUGCGACCGCUUGAUCUCAGCCAGGGUUUCAGAGCCAGGGUUGUCCUCGACACCAGAGCUCGUCUCUGAACCAACUUCCCACAACGUCCACUCCCUAGAGAUCAAACGAUAUCCGGUUAUCGACGAGUCGCAGCGUCAAUACGCGAUCUACAAGCAAUCGGAGGGAGUGGAUACCAGUACUCUGCCAAACGGCGAUUCUGUGGUCUCUAUACCCUUUAAAUACCCUAUCUACGCCGUAGGAGAGUCCUUCAAGAGAGCUGGCGCUCCGCCGAGCAAGUUGGCCCUUUGGGAGAAUGUAUAUCUGCAAGCGUGGAAGUGCCUCGUCCAAGCGAGUCCUUGGGGUUCUUUGGCGUCCGAUCGCCAUUUCAUUCCUAUUAUCCGCGUUGGUCCAUCGACGAUGGCUGUGGGAAAUCGGGUACUGAGUGACAAUUGGUCACUUGCAUACGUAGGGCAGCACAUGCUUCGCAUUGCUGUCGAGCGUCACGGGCCCUCCAAGGAGGAGUUUUCCAACAUUGACUCCGAGGUCCAAGCGUGUCUCCUCGAAACCUUUCAUCCUCUCAUCACGAUGUUCGGAAACCCUGUUCCACCUCACGCACAAUUUUACACUGAACGCGGCACGGGUACCAGCAACCGCGGUAGUCGUAUCAAGACCACUAAAACGAAGAAGGGUAACAAAGUAUCGAAGCCGGUGAAGGCUUCCGAGCAAGCCAAAACGCUGAAGGAAUCCAACGUUCCAGAAAGAUCCGAGAGCCUUCAAAAGCCCACGGGCAACCAUCCCACCAAGUCUAAACGUGUUCCUCCAGCCUCUUCGACGAAACAGCAAAACACGACUCCGUUGCCAGACAGGGACGAGAUGACCGCCGUCGAAAGGGACUCAGGGUCGGAAGACAUCGUGCCGCAGCACCGCGAGGAACCACUGACAAUGCCAAUUGUCAUACGAAACCGUACCGAGGAGUUUCGCUUGAUUGUUCCGCCGCCGAACCAUCCUGAAGUUGGCGAUGUCAUCAAGCUUACGAAUAGGAUCGGCAGUGGAGUUCUGGGGACGGUGUAUCGCGGCAGAUGGAAUGAUGUUGAUGUUAUCGGGAAAGUGGUGGCCAUAGGAGACGAGGAGGACGCAACGUCGUUGGAGAAGGAAGCUGAGGUCUAUCUGGCCCUCCAGGAGCAGUGGGGACGAGCCGUACCAUCAUUCUAUGGCCUUUUCAAAAGCCGACAUCGUCUUCUGCUUUUACUGUCCUAUGAGGGACAACCGGUCAGCAAGCAUGAUCUCCAGAAGUAA